AUGGUGGACGAUGCCGAGGGAAGAAUCGAGAAGACAAAGGAGCCCAGGAAGGGAUUCUGCACUCAAUUCGGCUCUUAUGGGACCUCUGCGAGCGAUACGAACAUGGACAUCGGGGUGGACUGGGUGCUGACAAAUACCGUGGCGGUUGAUGUUGCCAAUGCUCGAUUCUCCUCAUCCAUGUCCCCCCGGGCUGGGCGUGUGGGCACUUGCCCGAUUGCGAAAGCCAAGACAUACCAAGACUACGGUGCAGCCUAUGCGAGUUCGUGCCCCGUUUCUCUCCCGGCAGUCAUGUCAUGGACCAGCUCCAGCGCUCAGCAUUGCCCAGCGUUUCCCGUUGAUCGCUGGGCAGGUUUCGUACAACGUAGUCAGUCCCCAGGGAAAUACGAUGUCGAGGGGACUGGACUGAGACAGCAGUCAUCACGAGCACGACCUAUCGCAGCUAUCACGCCGAUAUCGGACCUUGUCCUCCCGUUCGAAGCAACUUGUGUCUGUGAUUCGCGACACUCGAGCCCCUGCUCGGGGCAUAUCGUAGCUGUGGCAGCACCGAGGGCGUCUGCCACGCAGCACGGGCCUGUUGGGGGAACAUACGCCACGCAGGGCGUAUCAUCGGUAGUCGGAAUCCGACAACAAAUACCAUCGCUUGGCCACGAAACAAGUCGAUAUCCACCGAACGGGGCUACCCGACGAGACACAUACGGCGUUUGGGACUCAUUCCAUGAGAGAGAGGACACUCAUUCCAUCGCGACGAGCUACCUACAGGCCUUCCCGGCCACAUCCUUGCGGUCCAUCGCACUCCCGUCUCGGCCUCCCCCUGGGAGGAAACGAGCCGCCCAGACCCAGACCCUUCAAAACAACAGGCAGCCAAGACCACAAACCCGCCUACAAUUCAUCAUAAACAUUCCUGCUGCUGCGUCUUGCUGCCUUCUAUCAUCUUCCCUAUUUAUUGAUUACCUGUUAGAACCCCUGACCCGACCCGCCCUGCCCGAGCGAUUGAACCCUACCGACAUCAAAGAAAGGGUCAGGUUUGGGUCAGGCCCAAGCCUUGCUUGGUUCUUCAAAAGAAGGGAAUCCAGCAGGACCUGGUUGCCUUUCGUCGUCUUCCCCUGCAGUAAUCUGCUCUGGAGGGUCUCUGGACUGUCUCAGCUGCACUGCCAUCCAGAUACAGUUGAACUCGCUUCCACAUUGGCAUCGCGUUCUCCAUCUCUCAAAAGCACGCUCUCUUGCGUCGCCGUUUUCCAUCUUCGCCUCCACUCCCAACACCCCUUCAGGCCCCCGGCCGCCGCCUCUUUCCGCCAGCAACCAUCAUUCCUUUUGUUUUUGCAUCAACUUCACUUUGCAUCGAUUGCACCGCGCAGACUUUGA